AUGUCCACCUCGGCCUCGUCCGGCGAGGCUACCGGCGCCGAAGCCGCAACGCUCAACAAGCAGGCAAAGGAAAAGGAAGAAGAAGAAAAAGACAAGCUCCCGCCGCUCUCCCCCCACGAGUUCCGGCAGUACAACCGCCUGGCCGAGCACAUGAACUACUUCCACGAGCACUUCCGGCACACCUGGAACACGCUGUGGACCGCGGCCACGACCAACAAGCGCCCCGCGGGCAUGUCGAUCCGGAGCUUCAUCGCCCAGGGGCUGCAGUUCAUCAGCCAGCUCGAGGUGCACCACGGGAUCGAGGAGCAGCACAUCUUCCCCAUCCUGGCGCGCAAGAUGCCCGAGUUCCGCCAGGGCAAGGGUAACGGGGCGGCCGAGCUGCUCAGGCAGCACAAGGAGAUCCACAAGGGCAUGGACCUGCUCCAGGCUUACCUGCAGGAGUGCCAGACGGGCGAGAAGGACCUCGACAUGCCCACGCUCAAGAGCAAGAUGGAGUCGUGGGGCGGCGUGCUGUGGAAGCACCUCGACCAGGAGGUCGAGACGCUCGGCGCAGAGAACAUGAGAAAGUACUGGACCAUUGAGGAGAUACGGCGGAUUCCCAUGUAG